GAGCUCCUCCCUCAGAAACUCUGCACGUGAAUGAGGAAGUGAACUUGAGAGACGUGUUGCUGUUCAGUUCCAUUUAACACAUCGUCCUAACAGAGCAUAUGCUAUCUAUAUCGGAAAGUAUCAUAAACAGGAAACAGUAGCCGUGAAGACUGGAAUAUUGUCUUGAGGUCUUAAGUCUCUCGUUUAAUUUCAGUGAAUUUUCUGGUUCAGGCUGACGCGAGAUUUCGGACAAUUGAAAGUGAAAGCAAAGACUUUCAGGCAUAAUUGUAGAGCAACUGCAAAUACCAGACAAAAUGGCAUCCAAGUCCUUUUCAGAAGAGGAUUUCUCCUGUCCUGUGUGCUACAAUAUCUACAAGGAUCCUGUUAUUCUGACCUGUACUCACAGCAUAUGUAACACCUGCCUGCAGCAGUUCUGGGAAACCAAAGGAUCCAGGGAAUGUCCAAUCUGCAGGAGAAGGUGCUCAAAGGAUAUUUAUCCUCUCAACCGGGUUCUAAAGAACUUGUGUGAGACUUUCCAGAGAGAGGAGAACAGUCAGAGAGAACCAUUCUGCAGUCUGCACGGUUCUGAACUAAAACUUUUCUGUGAAGAUGACAAACAGCUUGUGUGUUUGGUGUGUCGAGACUCAAAACUCCACAAGAACCACAACUUCAGUCCCAUCAGUGAAGCAGCUCUUGAGCGUAAGGCAGAACUAAAGAUCAAACUGCAGCCCUUACAGAAGAAGCUGGACAACUUCAAACAAGUUAAAACAACCAGUGAUGAAACUGCCCAGCACGUAAGAGUCCAGGCCCAACACACAGAGUGGCAGAUCAAGGAGGAGUUUGAGAAGUUUCACCAGUUUCUACGAGAUGAAGAGGCAGCCAGGUUAGCUGCACUGAGGGAGGAAGAGGAGCAGAAGAGUCAGAUGAUGAAGAAGAAGAUUGAGAAGAUGAGCAGAGAUAUGUCAUCUCUUUCGGACACAAUCAGAUCCAUAGAAGAGGAGAUGGGAGCUGAUGACAUCAUAUUCCUGCAGAACUACAAGACCACAGUGGAGAGAGCCCGGAGCACACUGCUUAUUCCAAAAAUGGUUUCAGGAGCUCUGAUCAAUGUGGCAAAACACCUGGGCAACCUGAAGUUUAGAGUCUGGGAGAAGAUGCAAGAGAUUGUUCAAUACAGUGAGUUCAGAUCAUACAAACACACACACAAACACACACACACACACACCUCCUCAUUGUUUCUCAGUGUUCCCUUCCUCCCUGCCUCCUCACCAUCACGUCUCUGUGGGCUCCACAUGAAUCUGCUCUCUAAGGUUUAGUGACGCCACAGACAUUCUGAGCUGCAGGCUGAGCUCUUUGUUGUCCUGCAGGUUUGACAUGAGGCCACUGUUGCGGAGAAAAUAGCAACUAUCUUGCAACUCCACAAUCAAGAGUCAAGAGGCUGAAUGUGUAGAUCUGAGGUUAAUCAUAGUCUUCUAAGACAGCAAUAGAAGGUGUUCCAUGGGUCAACGUAGUAAGAAAAAAACUGAGCAGUCUCUUUUAAAAGGAACCUGUGGCCAAUCAGAAUUAGCUCCGUCUAUUUACUUCACCCAAUCAAAACUUGUUGCGUGUUUGGUACCUCUCCCAACUUUCGGGGAUACUUGUGGUGAAGUCAAUUACUGUAAAUCCUCAAAUAAAGACCGGGAUUCAAUGAGAGGCCGGGCUUCAGAUAGUAGCCGGGGGCGUGGUCGAUA